AUGGCGGCUCCCGCGGCCGUAUUGCCGGAGAAAGUCUUCCGUACAACAGGGCCGCCUACAGACCCGGAGCCACGCCCCCUCUCGCCCAGCCCCCGGAAGUUUCCUUUUGAAAGCGUGGCGGCAAGCUCUGCCGAAGGCUGGGCGGUUGCUGCGGAGCGUCUUUUGAAAGGGAACGAAGAAGACUGCGGGCAGGAGCGGCUGGAGCUUGGGGCCCAGCCGAGCCACUUGGCUACGAUGGCCAGUGCUAAGACGGCGUGCGACACACAGCCCCACUCGAUGCCGAGCGGCGGCCUGACCACAGAUGCACAAACUCGAGCUACUUCUAAGCUACCUGUUAAGUGCAAAGAAGCUGAUGUGUUUAAACAUCUUCAUCCAGGAGGUUCAGAUCCUGAUGUUCUAAAAGUCACCAAACCAAGGAGAGAGAAUGGGCAAGUGAGAGUUGCAGAGCCUGCCAGCAGGAAGAACAUCAGGAAGAGCUACAAACCACUGAAUAAGCAAAAACCAGAGGAGGAACUAAAGGAUAAAAACCAGCUCCUGGAGGCCGUCAACAAGCAGUUACACCAGAAGUUGGCAGAGACUCAGGGAGAACUGAAGGACCUGACACAGAAAGUAGAGCUGCUGGAGAAGUUUCAGGAUAACUGCUUAGCAAUUUUGGAGAGCAAAAGCCUCAGCCCUGGCAUUGAGACCCUGACAUCACAGCGGGAACCUACUACAGAUCACACGGACUCCAUGCUGCUGCUGGAAACUUUACAAGAUGAGCUGAAGGCUUUCAAUGAAACUGCCAAGAAGCAGAUGGCGGAGUUACAGGCCUUGAAGGUGAAGUUGAAGUCGAAAGAAGAAGAAAGGGUCCGGUUCCUGGAGCAGCAAACCGUAUGUAAGGAUCAAGUCAGUGACUUCACAGUAGUGUUGGAGGAAAUGGAACAGCUUUUAGAGAUGUAAUACAAGGGAAGUGGCCAGAUGGCUUCUUCCUGGGGUAAAAACUCCCAGAGGAAGUCACUUAGGGUAUCCUCAAGGACUAACCAUCCCUUAUGCGCUGUGGCAGUUAAUCUUACUAAGGACAGUUGAUGUAGAAUGGGGUUCCUCCUUAAGUAGACUGCCCACCUUUAGACUGCUCAGCUCACCUGAGCCUCACCAAGUUGUUCAUGGAGGCCUGCAAGAAAGGGACCUGGAAGCUUGACUCCACCACCUGCGCAACAGAGCACCAACCCUCAGAGCCAAGGUGUUAAAUCAGCCACCUUGGAGAAUCUAGAGGCUGUUAUGCAGAAAUGUGAGAAGAAAGCCUUCAUACAACAGCACAUGUACUUGUACAGGAGAUGUCACUGAGAACCAUGCUGUCCCCUUCUUUGUCCAUCUGGUUGAGCUAAAUUUAUGAACUUGAAAUUCUUGAAGUUUUUUGGCUUAAUAAAUGGGGUGCAACAAAUA